CUUAAACAUGAACCUGCAUAAACUCACCGUCUAUUAACAGGGUGCCAUUAAGUUCAACUUAUGCGACGUUUAACUUACUGUGAGCUUCAUUCAACUUCACAGUUCGGAAGAGGUAGAGACUACCGCGAUGUCGCAGUUUGCUACCUAGGUAGUAGAUGGCGCUAGUAGAUUACUCCUCAGACUCCGAGUCUGAGGCCGGGGAGGCGCCACCUGCGACAACUGCGAAGAGACAGAAGACAAGUCAUGACGAAGUAUCUAGCGAAUCAUCAGCUCUACCUCCAUUACCAGCUUCUUUCCAUGACCUAUACGCAUCUACUGUACGUGUGAGUACAACCGACGACCCGACGCUGCAUCAAGGUCGCAAGAGAGUAAAUCCUCAUAAAGUCGGCAACUGGCCGAGCCAUGUAUAUAUCGAGUGGCAUCCUACCCCCACUCAACGCACCACUCUGACCUCUCUGCUCUCAUUACUGCAGCAAAACUUAGCUUCUCUCUUAGUGGACGUGACAUCCCUUUUAACAUCAGAUCUUGGAGCGCCGCAACCUUUGCAUGUCAGUCUAUCGCGGCCUUUAGCCCUAACCACUGCACAGAAAGACGUCUUCCUUGAGCGCCUAGAAACCGAGAUAGCACGCUGCGGUGGUGCUCUAGGCGGUGGAAGUUUUGACCUCGUACCACGAGGACUAGAAUGGCAUCGCACGAGGGAAUCCGAGCGCUCAUUUCUAGUGCUGAGAGUAGGGAGCGCACGAGUUGUUUCUCCUUAUGGGUGCCCUGAAGGUGGGGCAAAUAGUGCUACCGGCAGUGGUAGCAGGCGCUGCAGUCGCGGAGAAGGAGAUGCUACAGCGGCUUCUCCCGCUGUAAAACAGGGCCAGAACCCCGAACUCGCGCAGUUGCUCCAGCGGUGUAAUACGCUAGCUCAAGAAUUUGGACAACCGCCACUUUACGCAUUUAAUAGCAACAGUGGUAUGAAUAAUGCUAACAAGGGAAAUGACGGUAGCGAAGACGCUUUCCACAUCUCCAUCGCAUGGUCCCAUGCUGCGCCUUCUCCCGAGAUGAGGCAGCGUACAGAGCAGGUUUAUACCAGCCAUUCUACUUUAGCUACGUUACCUGUGAGUUGGAAAGAGGAGGCCCAAGCGAUACGGGUGCCUGUUAGCGGCAUUAAAGUCAAGAUAGGUAACGUGGUGACGCAUGUGGCGUUACCUGUUCGUGGGAAGAGGGGGGCCAGUGACUGGGAUGCGGGCACCAGUGUAAUGUGAUACCCACGAGGGCUGAAAAAUACGGAAAUGGCACGGUAACGACGAUAUGAGACAACA